GUAGUAAAAAAUAAUAUGAUUUGAUUUUAUAGGUACUCCUAUGGAAAGUUGGUUACGGGAAGUUUGGAAGCGACCUUGUGUCUCAAAUAUGAUACGGUGGUACGAAAUUGUUUGACGGAAAUAAAAAAUGUAGGUAUCUUGAGCACACACAUUAAGCGACCAUAACGUGUUUAGUGAAGCGGUAUACAGUACCUACAUGCUUAAGAAUAUCGGGUAUAAGUUUAUGAACUGUAAUUAUGUUUCAUAAUGAAUUAAAAAAUUAUGUUACGAAAUAGCCCAGAACAUCAAUUAAUUAAUUAAUUAUUUAUCUUCUGUAAUCAGUGGCAAAUACUGCAAUUUCAUUGGUUUACAGGAGUGCGAUUUAAGCAUUAAUCGCACCUUUUCUGAGCUGUAAUCGCACUCUUGUCUACAGCCAAUGAAAAUCAGUCUAGUAUUUACAACUAGCCAAUCAGCAUUCAGGAUACAAACUUUGAAUUUUAUUUUCUUUAUUGCUGUAAAAAAUUUCAAAAUGGAGGAAUUCACAAAUUUUGACCUUUUAAUUUUUAAAUCAGCCCUCAAAAACCGUCAAAAUUGAGGUCGGAAAAAAAAUGCCGACCUAAAUCUAACCUAGCUUGGCACAUCGCGGCAUUUUUUUAAAUGUGUUUCCAUGUCUUGGAGCACUAGUAGCCUGCACUAGUGAUCACGUAUUUACGAAUCAUUGAAAAGUAUAAAUGUCACGAAGGUUUUUUUUUUAGUCUUACCUAAAUUAUAUCAUAAUACCCGUUAAUUCUUAAACCUUACACCAAAGUGUAUCGAAUUGUAUAAUCGCUGACUUUUUAACAGCUAUAAGCACCAAAAAAGAUUCUUACUUUGGCUGAAUUAAGGUCGGCAAAACAUUGCCGACCUGGGAGGUUGAUAGGUCGGCAUUUUAAUACUGUAGGUCGGCAUUGCCGAAUGCCGAUCUCGUUUUCGAGGGUUGUUAAAUUAUAUAUUUUCUGACGAAAAUGACCUACCUAUUCUUCCAGCAGAAGAUACCGAACUAUACACAACCAGGGAGUUAUAUUUCAAUCCAAUUCAGAUAAUUAACAUAACUAAAGAACUUCACUAUUUUGAACACGUUAUAAACAUACAAACAUGGCUUCCCAAUUGUGUGUUGAAUAAUUCAAACAAAUGUUGUCAUGUGAUUAUACCGGAAAUAAUGCCCGGAAGUUAAUAAUAUGUUAAUUUGAUUAUAUAUGAUAGAUAAUAAUUCAAAAUUGUUCUAUUUCAUUAAGAAUUGUCGUGACAAAAAUUUAAUAAUUAUAUUGAAUUUCAACAAAUUGUAUUUUUCCGCUUUUCCCCCUUAAACAGUUUGAUUACAGAAGAUAAAUAAUUAAUAAGUAAUAGAACGAAUUAAGUCGUACUAUUAAUGCCACAAUCAUACUCGUGAUUAACAAAUCAACCUCCCGCUACGCGGUCGGUUGAUUUUGUAAUCACUCGUAUGAUUAUGGCAUUAAUAGCACUCGUAUUCGUUCUAUUACCACCAUUAAUAUCACAAAAACCGAAGGUUUACGAUUCACGAUGGCUUGCUUUAGCCUACAGAUCGUACUGAUCUCUAAUGUAACACCUGAAAUGGCAAAGGAGGUACACAUUAAAUCUAGUUGUGGUUGUUGCUCCAGUACUUCACGCAGCAGAUGUAAACUAGGAUAUCGUUGAAUCGUCGCUUAAAUUAUUCAAGCUGAGCAGAAAGCGUUUUUAUGAGUGCUUGUGGAAGAAAUAUAACCAUGAAAUUCCAUUGAUUGAGGAGUUAGAAAGCACACAUGCAUUCAUGUUACACUGUGGCACCUUAAACUGAUAGUGCUAUAGUUGUGCUGUAUAUAAUGCGAAACUGUUAUCGAAAUAAAAAAUCUUAAUCUAUGUGUUGGGAAAUUAAAAUAGUUGUGAAAACCCGCUUUAAAUUCAUGUUAGAAGACAAUUUUCAGCCGGAACGCAUGGGAGGAUUUAAUCGCCGGAGACCUUGAUUAAAGUGUUGUAAUGACAAAUAAAUAAUAACGUCAUCAGACAACGUAACUUCAACACACUUAGCAAUGGAAACAUCGUACAUAUAUACAUGAUUGUCAAAUCACUAUAUAUGUGUUUUUAUUUUUUGUCUUAUUUUCCAGUUUCCAUGCAUGCAACAGUCCUUUUCCUAUAUUAAUUAGUCGCCCUUAAUACGAGAAGUUUACUUUGUCCAGACGUUUAAGGCAUUUUCUAAUGCAAAUACGGUUAAUUUAUUAUUUUACAGGUGACAGGAUGCGUAGAGAUUAAUGCAAGAGAAUUAGUUGACCCUGUAACAGAAUAUCCGGCUUACAAAACAAAUAACUACUAUCUACAAAUUCAAGCAACAUUUACUGAGACGUCUACUGGAGUAAAACUGAAAGAAAACGCUCGAAGCCCUAAUAUGGUCGAAAAAUCCAAAACCAUGUCAUUUACUAACAUUCCGCAAAAGUUCAAACCUGGAUUUCCUAUCACUUUUAAGGUAUCGAAAUUGAAUUAUAUUCCAUAUGGUCUUCAGAUCAUUGUUGAACUUUUCAGAAAAAAAAAGAAAAAAAAACUUUUUCUUUUAAAUCGGUCAACUCUGCCAGUAUAUUGACAGUGUGUCAAUGGAUAAACUGCUUGUGUCUACUUUACUAACAUCAUAGUGAAUGAACUCGAAUACUUAAUUACAAAAUCACUAACUCAUCUGGAAUUUUAAAGUUAUAUACGGUUGCUAGAGUGUGGUAAGCCCGUUCACAUGCACUAGGCGAAUUUGUUCGCGCGAACAGUAAAAAAAUAGGAAAUGAUCCAACUUUUUCGCUGCUUAUUUUCUCGCUGACCAAUCACAUUGCGAAGAUUUGUUUUUCGGUUCGCGUCGCGCGAAAAAAUUCGCCUAGUGGACAACGGGCUUUAAUGACACACUUGUCCUCGCAAAACAUCGUGCUAUUCCUUUGCUCCUAAUUAAAAAUAACUAUUCUCGCACGAAAAUACAGCUUACUGAAGAAAUAUUUUCCAAUGGAAUAAACCGCUGAAAAUGAUCUUAUAAAAACUGCAGAUCCUCCAGCAAAGAAACAGGCUUCUGUUGUCUAUUGAUUUACUUUUCCGCUUUUAAGGGGACAAGUAAAUCAAUACACAACAGAAGCCUGUUUCUAUAUUCUAUAUAUACUAUAUUUUCCUUUGAAAAUCGCUGGCAUGAGAAUGUUAUUUCACUCUUGUAAUACCUUAUAUAAAAAUUUAAAAAUUCUUGUACAUUGGCAAAACAUGAAGAUGUCUGAUAUACAGUAUAACAAGAGUAAAAUAACAUUCUCAUUCCAGCGAUUCUCAAAUAUAGGGGCAUAUUAAUUCUUGUGAACACUUGAGUAAUUUUAAUUCAUUCUUGCUUUUUCAAUUUCAAGACCAAGCUUUUUUGGUCUGAAAUACUGUUUUUCACUAGUAGUAUAACUGUUGUCAAAUCUAGAGCCUACAUGGCCAUUGCCGUUAUAAAUGGAAGCUUUGUACUAAACCAACUCGUAUAACCGCUUCUUAUUAUUAAUUAAAGUGCAUAUGACAUGAAAUUUAUUAUUUUUUUGAAUGAAAGAACUCUUUAAGCUGUAGUGUAACUUGGAUUUCAGUUUCUUAUUUUUUUUAGUUUGUUCCACAGAUAUUUAAAUUUGUUUGAUAUGUAAUAGAGUGUGAAUAUGUCCGUUAAUUUAUGACGUCACGUUGGCUAUAAAUGUAUUAACUCUAAAAACUGAAAAUAUCAGUUCACGUUUUUUUCCAGUGUUUCAUCACAUUUACCAGCGAGGGAAGUUUGAAGUUAUCAUCUUGGAUGACAGCAUGCAGUGAUAUUCAACCAUUUUGAGGAGCUUGCAACCAACGUGACGUCAUAAAUUAGCGGACAUAUUCACACUCAUUUACAUGUCAAACAAAUUGAAAUAUCUCGGGAACAAACCAUAAAAACAAGAAACUGAGAUAUAAGUUAAACAACAGCUUAAAGAGUUCUUUCAUUUAAGAAAAUAAUAAAGUUCAUGUCAUAUGCACUUUAAAGCGUCAAAGGAACUGAUUAACUUACAACUCAAGUACAUCCAUUGACAUAUUUCGUAUCACCUACGAAAUGUUAUAUCACAUGCACCAGUACGUACUUGUACAUACAACUACUGUACAACUUGUAAAAUUUAAAUGUAAAGUAUUCGGCAAUUUCAUUAUUUUAAUAUACUUCGUCCUUGCCACAAGUAAUUGCUCAUGACAGUAAAUAUUGCGACAGUUCAUGCACCCUGUUUUUAGUCGCUGAAACAUGUUUUCAGUUCUAGUUUUCACUUUGUCUAGAGAAUGACUAAAAAUUAUUCAAAAUGUCAUCUCUAUUAUUGAUAAAGUUUUGCUUUCCUUCAAGAUUAGAAUCAAUCAUCUGGAUGGAAAACCUGUGACUACUGGCAGACUUACACUUGAAGUCUCUGGACGUCGCUUUAAUAAAAGGUCGCUUGGCACAUUAAUUCGGCAAACAUAUUCUGUUAAGAAUGGUUUGAUAUAUGUCAUUUUCAGAAAUGUACCUAUUUAUACGGAUACCCUCAACUUUAAGGUAAGUCUUCGUUUUAUUGGUUACUGUACCUACUGGUUUUCAUCAUGUGCAUGUCCUGAGAAAACGCUUUUGACAUUUGAAACAUUUGUUUGUGAUAAAUGUCAGAACAUUCUUGUCCACUUAUAGUAUCCUGAACUAGCUCAAGAAUCCCUUUGGCUAUUCCGAACCCCAAAUUUCAAUCAGAGUCCAUUCAACUCUUCUUCCACCAAUCAAAUCUUCUGUCCAACAAACGCCUUCAUAAUAAUUCGCUUUAUUGUUAUCUUUCAAACAUUUUAGGCCAACUACAAUUUUGGUCAGUUAGAAAAACGUCAAUCUUCCAAAGCUUUGUAUUCCCCAAGUUUAUCUUAUCUGACAUUGGUUUUACCUGAGAAUGUGACAGCAAAGGUAAAAAUUUUAUAUCCUAUCACUUGCCUACUGGGUUGUUCGGUAAUCUCACCAUAGCAGAUUGAUAUAGAAGUGUUCGUGCACAAUAUUAUAAGACUCCUCUAAAAUACAUUAUUUUAUAUCAAAAGAUUCACUUACGAGAUAAAAGGCCUUUCCAGCUUCUAGUCUUUAUAUUAACUUCUUUUAGGUUGGGAGUAAAGGAUCUUUGAAUGUUUUGUAUACCGUUCACAAUGAUAAGCUGGAAGAGAUUCCCUUUCACUAUAAGGUAUUGUUGUUUGGAUUAUGUUAAUUAACGAGAUGCUAAAGAGUGCUCGAUCCAUAUCAUACAGAUAGAGCGCGAUAGUGUAGUUUUUAUACGAAACAAACAUUGCAUGAAAAGUUAAAGAAUUACGCGUUUUGUUACGUUUUGAUAUAUAAUAUAGACACCGCGUGUACGCUUUGGUUGCUAGCCGCUUUAUUUCUUCUUUGUUGGUAUCAAUUGUUAUCGUCGGGUCCAAGUUGGAACAACUACGAAAGCAAAUUAACUAGAAUAAAUUAUUGAACCGAAAGGUUGUCGUUUCAUAUCUAUCUCCUGAAUUUCUAUACAACUUAAAUGCUUAUAAAUCAAGAGUUUUAUCGUAUCUUAUAUUUACAGGGCCAAUUUAGGGCAGAAUUGUGCCGGAUUGAAAUCCAGGCGUUUCCACAUAUACAAAAAAGCUAAUUCCAAAGAGAGUGAGAAACAUGAUCUUUAUAAUAUGGAACCUAUCAUUUAAAAAAUAAAAAAAUAGUUUAUAGGGCUUAAAAAUUUAGUUUAGCGUCAAGUUCCAACUGGACCAACAACCACUGUGGAACUAUAAUUUUCUCGUUUCAUUUAUUUCAUUGUGUUAAACGACUUCUAUGUCAGGUAUCUGGGUAAUAUUCUACUUUUCCUUAAUUUGAGAUGCAUGAUGAUACUUUCCCGAUCGGGCCCAAUAAUUUCCACCCACCCCACAAUUUCGCUCCCAGUGAAGACUCGCACUUAAGUGUGGGGAGAUUCCUAAUAUAUUCGCACCCCCCCCCCCUCUUUAGGAAGUCCUCGCCGGUCUCCCUUUAGAAACGUCGCAUUUCCUGCACAGAAACUAUUUAUCAUUUAUAGGCCCCGAACGAGGGGGAUUCGGCGUAAUAUUUCCCGAAGUGAUGAUAUUUCCGAGGGGCUUUGCCCCGUGGAAAAUAUCAUCACUGAGAGAAAUAUCGCCGAAUCCCCCGAGCGGAGCGUCUAUAAAUGAUAUAUUAUACCGAAAGUUAAAGAACUCACUAAGUUCAGAAUAAACUUUAAAACUUGCUGAAUAUUAACUACGCGAAUACAAGUUUUAAUUUCUUAUGUAUACCUUAGUUUUUGACGUUUCCUCUUUAACAUAUUUGAGCAUGUACCCCUUGGAUCAUUAAAGGUAACAUACGCCUUGAAAAUGUUUUGUUAAAUCAAAUAUUCUGUACGAAAAUGCGAAAUUACAAACAACAGCUCGCGAACGCCAUAUUGUUUCAGAGCGUAGUGUCCACGCGUAGUGCGUGAGCGUGGGAUACUAUAAUAUCCCACGGUGGAUAGCCGUGGGAUAGUAUAGUAUCCCACGCUGGAUUGCGAAAUCAUGAAUUUGAGUAAAAUACUGUAAAAAAUCGCAUUAUCACGUGGUACAAAUGCUGUUUUUCCAUUGGACAAUUUGAAUUUGAGGUGUAAUAGGUAUGUGUUUAUAUACCAUGAUCUUUAACCUUUAAAUUCAUUCUCUUUUUAGAUUCUGUGUAAAGGGAAUCUGAUACUGUCUGGUGUCAUCAAAGUCGCUCGGGAUAGACGCCUCAGCUCGAAUAGAAACCAAAGAUCUUUUACUUAUAAUGGUAGAACCAUACAAAGAACAAGUGUCAACAAAUUUGAACUUAAGUUCAACAUUACCCAGGAAAUGGUUCCAAGCUGUAGAAUUCUGGUCUAUUAUAUCAAGAAGGAUAAAGAGACCGUUGGGGACAGUAUUGUGUUUGAUGUUGAAGACAAGCUUGAAAAUCAGGUAAGAACUUAAGUACGUAAAAUAUACUUUCACUUGCUUCUCUGGUUUGAAGAAACUGAUAAAUUUGAUCUCUCGUAGAAUUAGGUUCAGGAGCGAACGUUUCAACGUUUCAAACUGGUUUCGUCGUAACGUUGGUAUCUGCACGGUUGAGGGCUGUUAUAAUAUGUCAAAUCCGGGUCUUGUCCCCAAGAUUGUAAUUUUGUCCCUACAUCCUAUUAUAUAAUUUUCUUCACACGUGCGAGACACCUUUGAUAGCUUACUGGCAGUAGCCAGGGCCAUAUCUAGGCGCGAUAAUUGGCGUUCGUAUAUUCACAUAUUCAUGUUCACAUACCGUAAAACAAUCGAUUUCGAAACAAAUCCUUCGGGCAAAACACGAAUUGUUGUAGGCCUUGACAAUAGUCAGCCAUUAGAAGAUUGAACAUAAAUUCUAUUUUCUUAAAUUGAAACUGUUAGAUUAAAACUUAAAUUGUUAGAUUGAACGUCACAUGAUCGUGAACUGACAAAGGCGUUUAUGGCAGAAAAUAGACCGCCUGUUUUCCUUAUAACAACCAGAAACAGCUUUUCAAUUUUUUUUCACACUGCGUAUAAAUAUCAACUUAGGGAAGCUAUCAGUUGGUAUCUGAGUAAUCUCAGAUACCAACUGAUAGCUUCCCUAAGUUGAUAUUGAUAGGCAGUGUGAAAAAAAAAUGAAAAAGCUGUUUCUAGUUAUCAUAAGAAAAACAGGCGGUCUAUUUUCUGCCAUAAACGCCUUUGUCAGAUCACGAUCAUGUGACGCUCGAUCGAACAAUCUAAUGGCGUACGUGCCGACAUUUAAAAAGCAUGGACAUUGGUUUAGUUAACAAUUUCAAUUUAUUGUCUCUUUUAGUGACAAUAAUUAUUUAUCCUGAAUUUAUCAUAUAUCGUCUACGCAUAUAAGUUGACGUUAACUAAACAUGUCCAAUUAUAUCUUUCGCUCAUUACAUAGAUACGACGUACACGACAAUGAUGACAGAGUCAUCGAUAUGCUGUGACCAAAAUAGUCUGGUUUCUAUGUUUUCCCAGACCAGCUCUACACCAUUAACGAAAGUUGGACAAUGAAAUACAUGAAAGUAAUUAUUUCGCUAAACAAGCAUUCUCUGCGGCAUCGUUUUUUAGGUAUCGGUUGAUUUUGUUGACGCGCAUAAAAGACCUGGUCAGAAAACGAAGAUCGUAAUGAAAGCAAAACCUGGGUCUCGUGUAGCGAUUUCUGCCCUUGAUAAAAGUGUUCUAUUUUUGAGAGAUUCUGAAGAUGUAACGAAAGAAGAGGUGUGUGGUUAA